GAGAGAGCCAGCCAGUGAGGGAGGCAGAGAGCAGCGCCGCGUCCAGCCGCUGGAUCCACGGCGAGUCGCUCCGCUCGGGCUGCAGCACACAGCGGUCAUUUUGGCCAGCCAAUCAGAACAUUUAGGAUUAUGAUCAAGAAAUCCAUCUCUCAGUUCAAGGUGAUCCAACUUGGCAGAUAAAACAUUUGCGGCCUGUUUUUCCUGCACCUCUAAAACCAUGAGGACUAUCUUACUGGGCCUGAUAUGGGCCUGCCUGGGCCUGUCACUGGACGGCAUGUCUUUAAAUGGACAGAGGGUAGAGACAGCAGAUGGGGAGAGUCCAGACGGAAUCAAAGUAGCUAUCAGAGGUGGGAAGCUCCUGAAAAGAGUCAGACGAGGCUGGAUGUGGAACCAGUUUUUCCUGCAGGAGGAGUACACAGGCAGCGACUAUCAGUACAUCGGCAAGCUUCAGUCAGACAUGGACCGCGGUGAUGGGACGGUGAAGUAUGUCCUCUCUGGUGAGGGUGCAGGUACCCUCUUUGUCAUUGACGAGAAUAACGGUGACCUGCAUGCUACGCGCCGCCUGGACCGCGAGGAGAAGGCGUUUUAUACGCUCAGGGCCACUGUUGUCAACAAGCGAACGGGUUACAAGCUGGAGCCGGAGACUGAGUUCAUCGUCAAACUUCAUGACAUCAAUGAUAAUGAACCUCAGUUCAGCCAGGAAGUUUACACCGGCAGCGUACCGGAGAGGUCUGAUAUUGGAACAUCAGUCAUCCAGGUGACUGCUACAGAUGCUGAUGACAGUAUGUAUGGGAACAGUGCCAAACUGGUCUACAGCAUCAGCCAGGGACACCCGUACUUCUCUGUGGAUCCAAACACAGGCGUAAUCCGAACAGCCUUGGGUCCCGGGGACAUGGACCGCGAGCAGAGGGAGCACUACCAGGUGGUGAUUGAAGCCAAAGACAUGGCCGGACAGAGGGGAGGCCUCACCGGGACCACCGUGGUCAACAUCACCCUGACCGACGUCAACGACAACCCUCCACGCUUCACACAGAGUAUUUACCAGUUCAGUGUGAAGGAGUCUGCCAGGUCUGGCACCUCGGUCGGGAGGAUCCAAGCUACUGACAAGGACAUCGGCAAGAACGCUGAGAUGUUCUUCACCAUCGUCAGUGGUGACGGCAUGGAGAUGUUUGACAUCUCCACUGACAGAGACACCCAGGAGGGAGUCAUCACCGUCAGCAAGCCACUGGAUUAUGAAAAGAAGCCGUCCUACACAGUGGAGAUCCAGGUCCAGAACACGCAGGUGGACGCUCGCUUCCUGUCAGCGGGAUCCAAGGACAUGGCCACAGUGCGGAUCAUUGUGGAGGACGUGGACGAGCCGCCGCUUUUCGACAAAGCCAGCUACCUGAUGGAGGUGAAGGAGGACGCGGCGGUGGGGGCAGCCGUGGGCUCAGUCAGCGCCUCAGACCCAGACGGGAUUCACAGCCCGCUCAAGUACUCUAUUGACCGCCGCACCGACAUGGACCGCCUGUUCAACGUCCAUCCAGGGAACGGAUCUGUCUUCCUGCUCAGGAGCCUGGACAGAGAGGAGACCGCCUGGCAUAACAUAUCAGUCAUCGCCACCGAGUUCAACAAUCCCCGUCAGACCAGCCACGUUCCGGUCUAUAUCCGCCUGCUGGACAUCAAUGACAACGCUCCCACCUUUGCCACCGUCUACGAAACGUUCGUCUGUGAGAGGACAAAGGCCGGACAGCGUAUCCAGACAGUGAGUGCUGUCGAUGCUGACGAGCCAUCAGCGGGCCACAAGUUUUUCUUCAGCCUGGCUCCUGAGGGAACCUACCGCAGCAACUUCACUGUCCGUGACAACGGAGAUAACACCGCUGGCAUCCUGACGCGCCGAGCCAGCUACAGUCGCCUUCACCAGAGCGUCCAUCUGGUUCCCGUGGUGAUCACAGACGGCGACUACCCCAUGCAGAGCAGCACGGGAACGCUCACUGUUCGAGUUUGUACCUGCGACCAUGAUGGCAACAUGGAGCUGUGCAAUGCCGACGCCCUGACCAGCUCUGCCGGCCUCAGCACUGGAGCAUUCAUUGCCAUCCUCCUCUGUGCCAUCAUCCUGCUGAUGAUCGUGGUUCUCUUCACGGCAUUAAAACGCCAAAGAAAGCAGGAGCCUCUGAUCAUCUCCAAGGAGGACGUCCGGGACAAUGUAGUGAGCUACAACGAUGAGGGAGGAGGCGAGGAGGACACCCAGGCCUUUGACAUUGGAGCUCUGCGACACCCAGACACCGCCGCCGCCUUGGAGGAAUCUGCCAAACAGAGACGUGACAUCAUCCCCACAGACACCCUGCUGUACCCACCACUCCGCCGGGCUGCCACCGCCGCCUCGGGCCUCAUUGUACCGCAGGUCAGCAUUGCAUCGCGGGACAACGCGGACGUACGCGAGUUCAUCAACCAGAGAGUGCUGGAAAAUGACUGUAACCCAACGGCGCCGCCCUAUGACUCGUUGGCCACAUAUGCCUACGAGGGGACAGGCUCUGUGGCUGAGUCGCUGAGCUCGCUGGGCUCCGCAUCGUCGGAGGCCGAGCAGGACUACCACUACCUGAGUGACUGGGGGCCCAGGUUCAGGAAACUAGCUGACCUGUAUGGGGCGGAAGACAACGAUUUCUGCUAACAAAAACACAAACAAGCACGCUAAUACACAUUUAUAUGUCAGGAAACUUUCUGACCAAAACAGCAUCGAGGGCAGAAACCUCAAUCAGAAAUUGUGAAUGACACUGAUUAGCUCAAGGAAAAAGCGAAAAGGAAAUUUCUAAAACAAUCGUGCACCUAGAGCGCCAUUUUGCUUGAGCCAAACAUACACUUAUUCAAUUCAAACAAACACCAUACCAUACAGUGAACCUGCCAAAUGUCCUGGCAGAUGGCGAUGACCCAAAUGCUGGCCAUUCAAGGUAACUGUCCUGAUGCUAAGUGACUGUUGGAGUUUAGGCAGUUCUUAACUGCCUUCACAUGCAGCCGAGCACAGAGACCUUACCAAUCCACCAGCGUCUUGCACGCUGUUAAAUCCAAGUAGUCCUCACUAGCUGUUACUGGAACGGGAACUGCUGGAUAGAGGUAGCCAAAUCAACCAGCACAGGGCUAGAGCCCAAAGAUCUUCAGUUUGGACCCUGUAAACAUCACAAUGACCUCUUCAGUGGGUCAUUUCUGGCCUGGAUCGAAUUUGACUCGGUAUUUUUUAAUCAGAAUUGGACUUUUCCUACCUUCAAGGCUUCGCUUUAAUCUGUCCUCGGUCCUCGUCAUUUUGCAGAGCAUUUCGUGUUGCUGUACAUGUACCAUUGCAGGGCAAGUAGAAUGGCGUGAAGGUUUUUGAAGCAGGUCAUUCCACGAACCACUGCAGAGGUAUCUGAGGAUCGAACCAGACACACAUUGUACUGUCGCCAUGAAAGGAGUGUGUGAAGGAUUUUUUUUGUUGUUGUUGUUGUGUUUUUUGACUAAGUGUCCUUCUGCCGCCCUCCGAGCUGAACUGUGGACCUGGGACUUGACUGGCUGAUACUGGAGGGUACCGAUGACUCUUUUAUAUGAUUGCUUUUGUCUUUUUGCUCUUUCUUGUGUAAAAUGAUCAUUCCAGAGGAGCCAUUCUCAAGGAUCCUCACUUUAAAUAGCCUUCUCUGCGACGCAGAGUACAAGAGGAAAAAUUCAUGACAAAAUGCGUUGAUUUACUUUUGUUUCUGUAUGUUUCGCAUUUUGUUUUUGUUUUUGUUUUUUUCCCUUUUUUUUACUGGUCUAUCUUUGUGCUACACAGAAAUAGAAAAACUAUGUAUGUUCACAACAUCAUGUCUACCUGCAGCUUCUGAAUAACUGUAUGUGUUGAUGAACUGCUGGAAGGAGAUAUUCUAGAAUAACUUCAAUUUGAAUAGAAUUUUUUUUCUUAAACAAUUUCAUUCAUAAGGUCAUACACACAGUGAUUUUAGACAAAGUGUUUUCACUAAGAAUUUGCUUCAUCAUUGACCUGAAGGACAAGAGAAAGCCCUGCCUUCACAGCCAGCACUGCAUCUUAUUUCUCAAACAAUGAACCUCAUUUUCAGCUUUAUCUUAUUCGACCUAGUUUCCACAUCUUAUUUGCUCUUAUCUGUUCUCUCAUGUUUUUACAUACUUGAUCCAACUGUUUAUACCCAAAGGUAUUCUAUUUCAUGCUUUCCUGGCAUACAUUACAGACGCUGCUGUUUCUCAUUCUUAUUUUUAAUACUUAAGCAGAGAAAUGAAACUCGAUUUUCCCUCAAACAUAGGCUUAUUCCAGGCUUGAUACCUGUUAAGAAGCAGUAUAUGCUCACAGGAGACAAACUUUAUUCUGUGUCCAAACUUUAUUCUGUGUCCAAACUGAAGACUGAAAUUUGUUGUAAUCAACUAAUCCUCCUUUGAGUUUGAUGUCAUCGCAAUUAGUAAAGCAUAAGUUGGAAAUUACAACAGUCAACCUCAGCGGCACAUAACUAAAAAGUUACGUUACUGGAUUAAAUUUACCACAACAAAGUCUGAAUCACUUAAUGAUUUAAAGUUUAUGUUAUGACAUUCUGAUCCAGUACCAGAAGUUUGUAUCGUUUUUUGAUGAAAAAGCAGCAGCUUGUUCAAGUUGUGUUUUGUGACAGUGGUCUGCUCUGAAGGCUUAUGACAGAAAUGUCCACGUAUUUUACUUUGCAUUUGUUUAUAUUGUAAUUCAUUCUUUUUGUACCAAAUAUUUAUAGGACACAAUGAUGAUAUUCUUGCAGAAAAAAAAAUCACAAUACUGUCCAGCUUAACUGUUUUUUAAUGUACUUUUGAAGGUGUGAAACUUGCUGUGGGCAGUCUACCGUCGGUAUAUGAUGUACUGUAUUACGAACAGUUGUUUAAUUUUAUCAAAAUAAACUUUUACAGUGAAAGA